CCCAACCCCCGGCCCCAACCACCCCGACUCAACUCCCCCCAACCCCAUCGCCCCCGUCCCUCACACACUGUCAAGACUACAGUUUUGGCUACACCUGACCCGACACCCACUCAGUCCACAUCAGAGCCUGAGACGGACACUCCAUCGGCCCCUACAGAUGCCACCACAGCUGACAUCAGCAAGCCUCCAGAUGAUGAUGGGCAAGAUGACACUGCGAUCAUGGCGGUGAUGGUUGCCCUGUCCUCUCUGCUGGUCAUUGUCUUCAUCAUCAUUGUCCUGUAUAUGCUCAGGUUUAAGAAGUACAAGCAGGCAGGGAGCCACUCCAAUUCCUUCCGCCUGACCAAUGGCAGAGCUGACGACACAGGUAGGAAUUAAGAGAUAGUGUAUGUCUUUCUGUAACCGUUCUUGGGAAUUUUUGUCUUUAAAAGUAGCGAAUAUAUUGAAGUUCAAAUUGAAAAAGACAUUGUUGAAUGCAAUACUAGUGUCAGCUUUUAAUGUUGAUUUCAUGCUCUGUAAAAAACAUGAGAGCUUUUUAGCUUUUUACUUUGAUUGGAACUGUGUUGCCCCCUACUGGCCAUCCUGAACACAACAUGGAUAAAGAACA